AGUUUUAAUUCAAUUUUUUUUUGUGCAGCUAUGUACCAGCAACUGGGUGAAAAAGGGAGUGAAACGGAGAAUCUUGAUUACCAAACAAAGAAAGUAGAGGAUCUACAAAAAAGGAUUUCUACCGCAUGUUUGUCCAGUCACCAUGUUGAACUGAUUGCCAAAGUGAAAGCUGAAGCCCAUCAAUUGAGUGAGACUGACAUUAAACGAGCAAUCUCUGGCCCUUCUAUGAGAGUUGAUCUGGACAUUCCUGAAUCCAUUGGUCUGUCAGUAACUUCUCCCAUGGCGUCUUCAUCAAGGCUUAUGGAUUUUGAUAUGGGAAGACUGCGAAAGAGAAAAGCUUAAUUUUCUACUUAUAAAUUUGUAAUUAUUUCUUUGAUAAAACCAACAUAAGAGGUGAGAGUGUGCUUCCUUUCCUUCUUGGUCUUUCAAGGAUGUCCAAUUAUGAUAGUUGAUAGUUUACGGAUCUUUAUUGUGCAGUGAUAUUGUAAUAUAUAAUCCCUAACUUCUUCCCAGAAAAAAACAAGGGAUGAUAAACUAUUGACUAGAAUUGCCAGAAUAUAUGUGCUAUUCGUGCAGUUAAAUCCAGAUUGCUCAUGGAA